CCGGCAGACAAGCACCGACUUGACAACCGAAGGUGAAAAGUGACCCGUCUGCUUUUAGAACUGUUUGCAUGCAAUUUAAAUAACCACAUAUAGAAAAAUAUCCACCCUAUGGCGAAUGCUGUGAAGAUGAUAACAUUUGAUGUGACCAACACCAUCCUAAAGAUCCUUGGAGGAGUUGGUCAUCAGUAUGCCCAGGUUUCUAAACUGUAUGGUGUGGAAAUGGAUCCCAUCAAAAUAAACCAAGCUUUCAAGACACACUGGGUGAGACAAAAUCAACAACAUCCAAAUUUCGGAGCAGAGGAGAAUAUGGCUUCCCACCAUUGGUGGCACGAUCUUGUGAAGAAAACAUUUGUUGAUGCUGGUUAUGAAGGAAAUGACAGCACAAUUUCAACAAUUUUCACACAUCUAUAUGUACAUUUUGGAACGUCCAAUGGAUGGGAGAUUGUCCCAGGAGCCAAUGAAGCAUUACAGAAUCUGAACAACUGUAACAUCAAACUGGGAGUCAUUUCCAAUUUUGAUGAGCGUUUAGAGACAAUUCUGACCAAAACGGCUUUAAGACAUCACUUUGAUUUUGUGAUCACUUCAAAACAAUUAAAAAUUGCAAAACCAGAUGCAAGAAUCUUCCAGGAAGCUCUUAGACUUGGAGAGUGUUCAGCCUGUCACUCACUCCAUGUCGGUGAUAACUACCACCAUGACUACUGUGGAGCAAGGGAUGCAGGCUUGACAGGCGUUCUGUUUAGCAAAGACAUGGAUAACUUGCCAAAGGACAUUGAUAAAGAUUACAUUGUGUCAAAUUUGGAUGAAUUGUCACGAUACCUGAAGUAAAUAAAUGAUAUGAUAAUGA